AUGGAUUCAACUUAUGCUACUUCAGCAUAUGAAGCGAACAUGAUGGGUUAUGAUGAACUUCAGAUGUAUCUGGCGGCACAGCCCUCGCUCUCUCGAAAUCGAAUGUCGACGCCGAAUGGACAAAGGAACAUGACACCGAUGCGCGUUGCCAAAUCAAGCAGUGCCAGCAACAGCCCACGAGGUCCCGUAAAACAGAAUAGACGGCGGACCCUCAUGUCAGAUAAACCCUACCAACGCCAGAUGAAUAUGAUCGGCCAACAACAGAUGAUGGCGACUAAUGAUUGGGAGUCGAAUGAUGGACUUUCAUCACAAAUGCCAAUAAGAUCGAAUCGUCCCGUCAGUUGGCACCCAUCUUCACAACAACAAAUGUACCAACCAAUGCAGUCUAUGGAUGCAUUCCCAUAUCCCCAAGAGUAUUAUAACUAUGAUGUCUCGACCCCAGCUGUUUACUCCGGAUACGCAUCACCGGACUUAAGCCUUUCUCCCGUGUCGAUGCCUUUCAGUGAGGAUCAUCACAACUCAUACCCCUUCACUGCUGCACCUACUUCAUACGCAUUUGACCAAAUGUACAACUCAGAUCAUACAACAUUGGAAAAUACCAUGAUGGAUGUUCAAGCUUCAUAUACAAACAACAAUCAAGAUCCAACGAUGUAUUCACAUUUUGAUUGGAAUCACUUUGCAGCAAAUGGAUUCGAGGAUGGUACUGCACCACCCACACCAGAUAGCUUCUUACCUAUCCAACAUCCCGAACCCAGUUUUACCUCGGAAGAAUCGAUACCUUAUCACUCACUAUCCGGCGAUGAGCUAGAGGGGGAGGAGUUGAUUGGUAUGGGGUUAUAUGAUACUCCAGAUCAUAGCAAAACUUCGCCUUCGGAUCCACAACUCGACAACUAUCGAAUGAUGUCGUCACAGCAUUUUGGGAACAGUUAUCGUCGACCCGAACCGGCAAGGAAAAGUUUGAGGUUAGAGGAGACAUGGCAACCACCAUGUGAACGGGACGACGACAAAGAUGAUGAGGACGAUGGUGAAGGAGAAGAUGAGGAGGAUCUCGACGUUGUGUCAGAAAACCCCGAUCAAAUGGUUGACACGAGUGCUUACAUGAUGGGCCCUACACAAAUCUUCAACUUCAACGCGAGUUACGCAACGAAUUACGAAAACACAGGCUGGAUCUGA